AUGGAAAAGAUGAAAAAAACGAGGUCUAACCGCAAGAAUAGUUGGGUAAUGCUCGCUGAGAGCGGCGGCUACACACCACUACCUGGCGAACAGACGCUCUACCAAUCCCCCCCACGGACCACGCUCUCGUUACAGACAAGCCAUCGACACUCCCCGAGCGAGUCAUAUUCUCAGCAAUGUAAAUCUGGGGUUGUAUAUCUCACAAAUCGACGCAUGAUCUACCUCCCCGUCUCACCAACCCCAAAUCUCCAAUCCUUCGCCGUUCCCAUCCUCAAUGUCACCGACUCCCGCGUAACAGCCCCGUGGUUCGGUGCAAACAAAUGGGAAGCCAUGAUCCAACCCGUCCAAGGCGGCGGCAUACCUACGCAGCACACUGAACUCGACCUUGUCAUGGAAUUCAAAGAAGGCGGGGCAUUUGACUUCGCGAGCAUAUUCGAGCGGCUGAAGGAGCGACUAAAGCAAGCUGUCGAUGUAGCUAGGGAGAGUGGAGGCGACGGUGUAGAGGAUGGAACUAGGGGCGUGGGCGGUGUCAAUAUGAACAACGUACAUCUGGAGGAUUUGCCAGCUUAUGAGGAGAGCAGACAGCAUACGAGAGUGUCGGAUCCGCUACCUAGUCCGCCAAUGGACCGUCCAAGGACAGGCAGUGGAGGUGUGGACAGGCCGGUCGUUGCUGCUCCACAGCCCAUAAGCUCACAGAGGUCGGAUUCCCUAUCGAGUUCGCAACAGGAGGGCUUCCAACCUCCAUCUGAGGCACCGCCGGGGUACGAGGAGGUACAGAGAAAUAGCAUCGUGGAAGAACUGGAGAGGCAGCUGAGGGAUGAUCCAUGGAGAGACGAGAGGACACAAUGA